AAGAGAAACUGUUUUUAGGGUCUGAAUCUCACUUGUUCUCAGCUGAACCAUGAAAACAUCUACUCUUGCUGUGUACCACUGCUUUGCUUUGCUUUGGUAUAUGUUUUUAAGCUACUCAAUCUUGCUCAUAAGAGCAGAAGACCAGCCAUCUGAAGUGUUCCUUUAUGGUGCGCAAUGGAAAUAUUUGACAGUCCUCAAUCUGGUUUUUCAGGCUAUUUUCUAUGGGGUCUCCUUCCUGGCUGAUGUGCUGAGGCUAAUUAAGAAACUGCGAACUGUUAAGUACGUAAUUUCCUGCAGAGACCUUCUCUUCAGUGUUGGGGCUUUCCCUGUGGCCACAUUUGUGUUUAUAUCCUUCUGGACGUUGUAUACUUACAACAGAGAGCUGGUUUACCCCAAGAGCCUCGAUGGGAUCAUACCAAUGUGGUUAAAUCAUGCAGUGCACACUGCUAUAAUUGUGUUAGCUCUGCUGGAGAUGAUUGUUACACCUCACCAUUACCCUCCAAAGAAGAAAGGACUGACUUUAUUAGGAUUUGUCUCCAUCGCCUACAUCAGUUGGGUCCUGUGGAUUUACUGGGCAACUAAACAGUGGGUAUAUCCUCUCUUCGGUUUGUUCAGCCCAGUGUUCCUAGCAGCCUUUUUCACUGGUAGCAUCGUCUUCAUACUAUGUAUCUACACCUUUGGAGAGUUCCUUAACCAUGUGAUUUGGGGAGAUUCAGCAGUAAUACUGGAAUACAAGAGGAAGGGCAAAUGAAUCUUCCUCUGCCAAGCAAGUGGUCUCUCCAUGAAUUCUGAAGUCAUGAAGAAAAGAAAAAGAAGCAACACUAUGAUAAACCCCUUCUCCAAUGUAUUGUGUCUUCUGGUGAACCCAGAUGAUCAUCAUGUCCAUGGGAACUGAUGGGAAACACGGAACGUCACCAUUUUACAUUACAGUCAGGAAAAAAGCAACGGCCAUGAAGUAGGAAAUGCAUGCAUGUGUUCACAGCUUUCUCAUCUCUUAUACAGUACAUAUGAGAAUGUUUCUGUGCUUGUCUGACCUUGUAACUGGACAAUAAAUUAUGCCAUGAACUUACAGUGGUACUGACAAACCCAUCUUUUAAUGCCCUGUGAAAGUGGGCACUAUUUAGGCAGUACUUGUUUGGCUUGCCCAAAGUUUUUCGUAAAGCCCAAAUGAAAAAGUAAAAGAGUGGAAUAAAUUUCACACUGCCAUGACUUCUAAACUAGAAUGAUAACAAACCCCACUAAUGAGGCUAGCAGUUAAGAAUGCCUGCUCAGAAAGUUCGAUAUGAAGCCAAUAACUUUCUAGCCAGAACCAUUCUGUAAUAUAAACGUGCAUAAAAUUUCCCCUCCAUUUUAAGAAGAAUUCUGAACUCAUUUUCUUUCUUUCUUUCUCUUUUCUUUGGUUUCAAGGUAAUCUUGAAGCAAAAGUAACCUAAUUAUACCAACGGCAAGAUUGCUUGGAGAGAAAGUUUAUGUUAAUUUAAAACACUGUUUAAGAUAAAGCUGCUUGCCACAUAAUUCUAUUACAUUCACAUAUUUACUAAUCUUGCUUUAUACAUUUGAUUUCUGUUAUAUAGUUGCAAAAUCUUAUUAACAUCUAGAGCACCGGAGAUGUGCUUUGUAAAUCCAAAUAAAGAAACAAACCUGAAGUGAAACUGUAAUUUAACCGCUAGUAUGUCUUUGCAUUGUUAGCGAUGCAUUUAAAUGACAAUGUUAAAUCAGUUGCCAGUA